UUCAUGAAAGUAAUGACAAUUAAAUGAUGUAAAAAAAUGUGUAGUAUUUAUUUAAGUUAUGCUUUUUGUCAGAUCACCUGAUCAUUGAUGUGAAAUAUCUACUCAUGUGUGGGCAGCUAUUUUUCUGGUAGUAUCACUUUUAGUGAAACUUUUUUCCCGAUCACCUAUUCCAUGUAUAUAACAAAUGACAUAAAUAAUAGUGUAAUAUUAAAUGAAUUGCUUUUAAUAAGUCAAUUGUUUGACUUUUGCACGCCAUACACAGUGUCGACUGAAAGCAGAACGGGAGCUGAUAAUUGAAUAUUUGCUCUAUUUCUCUUCUUUGGGUGAUAGAGAACAUAUGUAAAGAGAGAUUUUUUUCAAAAUUUGUCGAGAAUUUAUGAUUUAUUUUGAUUCAGUUAAAUACUUUUGAAACGAUAAUGUAAAUGUGGGUAUGAGGUAACAAAUAUCGUAGAUUCAUGUUCUUCACUUUUUCUAAUUUGUGGUGUUAUCUCAUGAGAAGUCUUGUUGGCAACUAAACCAUAAUGCAAGUAGAAAAAGAAUAUGGAAAGGGGACGUAGUUAGGCAGGUAAAGAAAUUAUCAGAAUCUGGUUCUUCAUGAUGUGUGCCGAGAAUAAUGGUUAAAGCACGCAAAAGAGAUGUGCCGUAGAGUUUUAUUUCAUCAAAAAUACUAAUUUUGCUGUCUUUCUUUCUUCUUUUUGGUUAUUGAUAUUAUCUCGUAUUGAACUUGUGUUUUGGCAAUAGAGUUGUCUCAUCUUCAACUCAGAACCGUGAAAAAAGGUCAGCACUAGGCUUUUUCGACAGACAGUGGGAAUGGAUUCUUCGUUUGGCUUCUUUUUUAUCAAUUAAAAAGUAUUUAAUGUUGCUGCUAAGAUUGCUAGCUAAUUAUGAAAACAAGGGAAAAGCAUGAACAAAGGUCAAAACUGUGCUGUCUUUUGUGUGUGUGUGUGUAUAUAUCCUUCUUAUUGGUUGCAUGGUUGGUGAAGAAAACAAGUUUUCAAACCAUGGAUGGCAGAAAUAGAACCAGAGCAAGGAGAAAGGGUGUUCCUUUUCCAUCAAACAUUACCACAACUCGUUGCCUUGUUUCCACAAGGAUGAAUAGUUCAAAGCGUGUUGAGGAACACACAUUUACCUGCAGUGGUUGCAGACGCGAAUUUAUAUUAGCUAAAAUUCCAAAUGCAUACCGCUGCUACAGUUGUGAAAGAGUAAGCAGUUCAUCUUCUUCGGUUUCCGAGCAAUCAACCAAAGACCUUAGAUCUUUCAAACGUGAUCAUCAACCGAAUAGUUAUAACAGUAACACAAAUGGAAGUUUACCGAGAAGAUUAUCUCCUUCACCUAGUGUUUCCUUCUCCUUCUCCUCGCCAACUCACAAACGCGCAGUUAUAUGUGGUGUUUCAUACGGGAAAAGGAAAUUCAAGCUCCAAGGAACCAUUAACGAUGUCAAGAACAUGAAAAAUCUAUUGCUGGAUAUAUUUAAAUUCCCAAAUGAGUGCAUACGUGUCCUCUCAGAAGAAAAGAACGACCCGAAUUUAAUGCCAACAAAAAAGAACAUACUGGAUUCCUUAAACUGGCUAGUGAGUGACUGCAAGUCAGAGGGGUCAUUGGUGUUCUACUUUUCCGGGCAUGGUCUGCAACAACCGGAAGAACAGAAAGGAGAUGAAACAGAUGGGCUUGAUGAAACUAUUUGUCCUGUUGAUUUUCUGAGAGAGGGAAUGAUCACUGACAAUGAAAUAAAUUCUAUCAUUGUUCAACCACUCAAGGAAGGUGUAAAACUUCAUGCUAUUAUUGAUGCUUGUCAUAGUGGAACAACACUUGAUCUUGUGUACAUGUGGAAAAAAGAAAAAGGCAUUUGGCAAUGUAAGGAAAACAGAUCACCUCAUAGCAAAGAAAAACAAACAAAUGGUGGAGUUGCUAUUUGCCUCAGUGCUUGUGACGAUGCUCAGGUGGCUGCUGAUACUGCAGCUUUUGAAGGCAAUUAUAACGGUAUUAUGACCUAUUUUUUCUGUAAAAUAAUCAGAGCUCAUCCUCAAAUAACAUAUGGCAGUUUACUGGAAAAGAUACAUGAAGAACUUGGACAGAUCCACCAAAGCAGAUUCUCUAACAGAUUCUUGCAACGAAUUUUUCAUCGGAAAAUAGACCAGGAUCCUAUCUUAUCAUCCUCUAAAAAAAUUGAUAUUGAUACAACAUUUACUUUGUGAGCACUUAUGUUGGAAGACAAUUCUCUCAUUUGUUAAUUGGUUGGUAAGGUCAGGACAAGAUAUUAAUGGCUAUUCAUCAUAGCUGUCUCAUGACAGAAGAUGUCAUUCAUGGUGAAAUAUGAUUCUACUGAUACAAUAAAAUCUGUACUGACUGUGUUACAGAGAUGGAAUUGUUCGCAUCUAGAACAGAAAAAGAAGAAGAUAAAACCUAGGACUCUUUAGAUUUGUUUCACUCUGUCAAUUUAUACCAGUGACUUCCAAUAACAGAGCUUUGCUUCUAAAAGUUUUUAUUAUUAUUUCUUUUAAGAUUAGAUUUGAUCAUUAUUAUUUUUGCAUU